AUGACGAAUUUAACACAAGUGAAUUCGGUGCGUUGCGUGAUCAUUGGCGAUUCGGUCAGUGGGAAGGAGAUGAUGCUCAAGAAAUAUGCCUCCUACGCUGGUGUCCCCUAUGACAUUACGAAUGGGCAAGUGGUGACCGCGUUCAACGGGCGCAAAUGCACUUUCAUUGACUCAACCAUGGCAAAUGAUAGUGAGGAUGUGCAUGUGUUUUUGCUUUGCGUAUCGGUCGCUCGACAAGCCAACGUUGAGGAGACGGUGAGAAUGAUACUGAAUAAAUACGAUACUUGA